AUGAAGUUUGUCAGCACAACUGAACAUUGUCCAGACACACGUAAAACUUUAAAAGAACCGGAAAAUCUUGUUCUCGAAAAUUCUUUAUUUAUAUGGUUUAUGCAACAGCGGAGACGACAUAUUCCGAUGAGUGGUGAAAUAAUUUGCGAAAAAGCACGUUUAUUUUACCGUGAAAUAAUAAAGCAGGAAGAUGGUUUCACUGCUAGUAGAGGUUGGCUAGACAAUUUUAAACAUCGUCAUGGUAUUAGGCGCCUUAAAAUAACGGGUGAGAAACUUUUAUGUGACGAAGCAUCAAUCGAACCAUUUCGAAAUGAGUUACAGCGAGUCAUAAAUGAAAACAAUUUGGACCUAGAACAAAUUUAUAACGCUGAUGAAUCCGGUUUAUUCUGGCGAAUGUUACCAGAGCAUAAAUUGACAUCAAGUCAUGAGAAAAACGCCCCUGGAAGAAAAAUGAUUAAAGCUAGAAUAACAUUCAUGCCUUGUGCUAAUGCAAGUGGAACACAUAAAUUGCCUUUACUCGCCACUCGUGUUUUAUUUUUAGACUGGUUUCAAAAACGAUUUGUUCCUGUAGUUCGUGAGCACCUUUUAAAUGUAAAUUUACCUCCAAAAGCUUUAUUAUUGUUGGAUAAUUUCCCUGGACAUCCAUCAGCAGAAGAAUUACGUAGUGAUGAUUGCAACAUUUUAGCAAUGUUUUUACCCCCUAAUACUACAGCGCUUAUUCAACCGAUGGAUCAAAAUGUAAUUCAGAAUAUUAAAUUAAACUAUCGUAAGUCUCUCUUAGUCAAUGUUCUUGCUGAUCCGGUGCAUGGUAAAAAUCUUAUUGAUGCUCUAAAGGCCAUAAAUUUAAAAGACGCAGUUUUUAGUCUUGCAAAUUGUUGGAAAUUGGUUCCGCAAAUGCUCAUAAAGAAAUCGUGGAAACACUUGCUUCCUUUCCAAACAGAAAAUAAAAUCGACGAAGUUGUUGAAAUUAAUGGCAUUCAAAUUUCUACACUCAUGAACCAGAUACAGGAAACAUGUACGAAUAAAAUGUCUGAUUCUCAAGCACAGGAAUGGGCUUACCAUGGCAUUUAA